AUGUUUGUGGGACAGCCGUGUGGACAAGAAUUCCCAGAUGUAUACUGGAACUGCAAUAAACUGUCGAAGCCCUCCUUCUACGUCCACGUGCCUUCAAGGACAGAUCCGUCAGCUGCACCGGAAGGAAAGGACACAGUCAUGGUCCUUAUUCUAGUCGACAAUAUCGAUACUUCGAAAAUCCCCAGAGAGGGCGAUAUAAGCGAUAUAGACGGUCUCGUCGCAGAUACGCGCGAGUACAUCCUGUCUUGUAUCGAGAACCGAACCGGGAUCGUGGGACUCAAUGCCCUCAUCGAACAUGAGAGCUUCCAUUCACCAAAAACCUGGCAAGAAAUGUUCAAUUCCGACCGAGGUUCCGUGUUCGGGCUCAAUCACAAUUUCUUCAACAUCCUCUCCUUUCGCCCGCAUCUCAAACAUGACGUCAUCGAUGGCAUCUACUUUGUCGGUGCCAGCACACAUCCUGGAGCUGGAGUUCCAACUUGUCUAUCGGGUGCGAAACUCACUGCCGAAAGAGUCUUGCGGGAUUUGGACGUCCCAAUAUCUUGGCAAACUGGGAGUGCUCAUGGUAAGAAGGAUCCCUUGAGGACUACUGCUUACGGCUAUUGGUGGGCUUUGCAACGAAUGGCAUUCCUUGGCGCCCUGUCCUUAAUCGUCGCAAUGUGGCAUAUGUAA